GAUAGAAGCAGAGAGGGAAGGGUAGAGCAAGGUAGAAAACGGAUCCUGCCUUCAUCUGCCUACUACUCCUCUCUUUCAGCACCAAGGACAGAGGCUCUGCAGGGCUGCCCCAAGCAACAUUCAGUUUAGGGUCCCUCCCAAAUCUCCCACAGAAAACGGAUGCGUUCUAAAGCAGCUAUGACACAUGCAGUAAGGUCUAUUAGGGAAGCUGGAAAAGCAGCACACAAGUGAUGUCACCUUAGAGGCAAAAAUGGGUGAUUUUCUUUCUGUUCGUUUCCACAGUUUCCGGGUCUUGGGAAAGGCAAAGUUUGCUUUGCUUGGGCAUGUCCGCUGUCAGUAAAUGGCAACAGGAGUUGAGGUGCCUGAACUUCACAGUCUCCAGAAAUCAAACGAAAUUUGCAGGGACACCCAUUGGGGUCACUCCUCUCCCUCUGGGCUAUGGCGCCACUGAGUCAGCUGAGUGGCCACAUCAACUCCACCUGUGGGGCAGACAACUCCACGGGGGCCAGCCGGGCCCGCACGCACGCCUACUAUGCGCUGUCCUACUGCUCGCUCAUCCUGGCCAUUGUCUUUGGCAAUGGUCUGGUGUGUGUGGCUGUGCUGAGGGAGCGGGCCCUGCAGACCACCACCAACUACCUGGUAGUGAGCCUGGCUGUGGCAGACUUGCUGGUGGCCACCUUGGUGAUGCCCUGGGUGGUAUACCUGGAGGUGACAGGUGGAGUCUGGAAUUUCAGCCGCCUUUGCUGCGAUGUUUUCGUCACCCUGGAUGUCAUGAUGUGUACAGCCAGCAUCCUGAACCUCUGUGCCAUCAGCAUCGACAGGUACACUGCAGUGGUCAUGCCAGUUCACUACCAACACGGCACGGGACAGAGCUCCUGUCGGCGUGUGGCCCUCAUGAUCACAGCCGUCUGGGUACUGGCCUUUGCCGUGUCUUGCCCUCUCCUCUUCGGCUUUAACACCACAGGAGACCCCAGUGUCUGCUCCAUCUCCAACCCUGAUUUUGUCAUCUACUCAUCAGUGGUGUCCUUCUACCUGCCCUUUGGAGUGACUGUCCUUGUCUAUGCCAGGAUCUACGUGGUACUGAGGCAGAGGAGACGGAAACGGAUUCUCACUCGACAGAACAGUCAGUGCAUCAGUGUCAGGCCCAGCUUCCCCCAACAACCCCUCUCCCCCGGCCGGGCACACAUGGGGCUGAGGCGUUACUAUAGCAUCUGCCAGGAUACUGCCUUCGGGCCAUCAGGCUUCCAAGAAGGGGAAGAAGAGUUGAAAAAGGAGAGGAGCACUCAGAAUUCCCUCAGCCCCACCAUGGCACCCAAGCUCAGCUUAGAGGUUCGAAAGCUCAGCAAUGGUAGGUUGUCGACAUCCCUGAGGCUGGGGCCCUUGCAACCUCGGGGAGUGCCACUUCGGGAGAAGAAGGCGACCCAGAUGCUGGCCAUUGUGCUGGGGACCUUCAUUGUCUGCUGGCUGCCCUUCUUUCUGACCCACGUUCUCAAUACCCACUGCCCAGCAUGCCACGUGUCUCCAGCGCUUUACAGAGCCACAACGUGGCUGGGCUACGUGAACAGCGCCCUCAACCCUGUGAUCUACACCACCUUCAACGUCGAGUUCCGCAAAGCCUUCCUCAAGAUCCUGUCUUGUUGAAGGAGAGAAGAGAAGACUUCAUGUGUCCACCUUACCUGCCAUGCCGUUGGGCCACU